UGCAAACCUUUUCACGAGCCUGUGAUGGAUUUACUUUGGGCUGAGUUGGACGGGAAAGAAUCACUGCUUAGGCUGCGUAACAAGGCUACAUCUAAUCAUGUGUUGUAGCAGUGGUGUAAUGGCCAGUGCGGAUUAUAUUCUCCUUCAUUUGCUCACCGAGUGCCCAAGUGCAGCGCUUCCACUUUAAUGUUGUCGAGCCAUUAUCCGAGCAUGAAGCCCGUCAAUUCCUGCAUCUCUUCCAUCAAGUCCUCCUUCAAAAGCAUAGCAGCAGACGGGCAGGCGCUGGAUGACAGUAUCCGUUUGUGCAAGGGCCUCGUGACUCCGGCUUGCCUAUCACUCGAUUGGACAACUUGGGAAUACCUUUCCAACCUCCCUACCAUUCUUACCCUGGAGAUCUGGGGCUACCGUUGUUCAUUAGGCUGGCGUAAUCUUAAUUUGGCACAUUCCCUCAACGUCACGAGACUGUAUUUCUAUGCAAGGACAGCCACAUACACCGUCGCAGUCAUGCAACACUUAGAGUUCUCUUCGCUAAAUCGAUUCGAGAUGGACGUCUCUGGUUUGCCUUGGGCAGAGGCUGAGCCGCUCUUUCAUGCACUGUACAAAACCCUUUCACACAUUGUCAUUUCCUCUGGACGCGGUGAGCGAGAUGUUCAGGACCUCUUAGGCAGCUCCUUGACGCCAAUCAGAUAACCCCUUUGCUUCACGCAGUUGCGAUCCCUGUGGUUGAAAUUUCCUUCUUGCUGCAUGAAACUUGUCAAAGACCUGCUUUUGGAAGCCAUGUCGUACUGGCCGCACAUCCGUACGCUAGAACUACUGGACCGACAGGUGAUACCUACCGUUGCAUUCCGAGGAUUGUUCGCAGCGCUCCAUAGAUGUUCCCGCUUGCAUACGCUGGACAUACCAUUGGACGCCGUCAAUAUCGAUAUCGAUCCUACAGCUGAGUCAUUCCAACAUACCUCCCUACAACAUUUGGAACUUGACCUCCUCUGACAUAUUGGAUGCUGAAACCGUAGCUCGCAUCAUUUUGUCGGUGCUCCCUUUUGUC